UCCUGUACUUUUAUUAAUACAUACAAUAAUGAAAUUAAGAUUAUAUUUAAUUUAUUAUUUAUAUCUCACUUAAUUUUAUAGUUUAGACAGAAGAUUAAUAAAUUAUAUAUUGCUGGAUACUCAGUAUCACUCGUUGCUCUGUUGAUAUCGCUUGCAAUUUUCUUUUAUUUUCCUUCACUUCAGUGCAUUCGUAUUACCAUUCACAAGAAUCUGUUUUUCUCAUUUAUCAUGAACAACAUGACAUGGAUCAUAUGGUAUACCGAAGUGGUUCAACACGUAGAAGUUUUGGAAGCAAAUAAUAUAGGAUGCCAAAUUUUGCAUAUAGUUGUGCAUUAUUUUCUUGUGUGCAACUAUUUCUGGAUGUUCUGCGAGGGAUUACAUUUGCAUACAUUGAUGGUCUUCGCUUUUGUACAAGAAAAUAAAAUAUUCAAAUGGUUCUGUGUUAUUGGAUGGGUUUUACCGCUGAUAUUAAUUACUAUAUACAGCUCGGUCAGAGCAUCUAUAUCUAAGGAAGCAGUUUAUUGCUGGAUAGAAGAAAGUCCGACAUUCUAUAUAAUAACAGUACCGGUGUGUAUAUCAAUGCUGUUGAACGUCAUCUUUUUGGUUAACAUUGUACGUGUUCUAGUGACAAAAUUAAGAGCUGCAAAUUCUCCAGAGACGCAUCAAACUAAGAAAGCAGUUCGAGCUACUUUGAUCCUCUUACCACUGUUGGGUUUGCAUUAUUUGGUAACACCUUUCCGUCCGGAUCCAGGAACAAGAGGAGAAGUAGUUUAUGAGAUUAUUGCUACUAUAGUAACAUCAUUUCAGGGUUUUUGUGUUGCAUUAAUAUUCUGCUUUUUCAACGGUGAGGUAGUUGCACUAUGGAAGAAAAAGUGGAUGAGGUCAAGACUUAACCGUGGAAAGGAUAUGAGAGUAUCGUAUGCGGCUACAACUUUGUCUGAGUAUCAAGUUCCUGUAAGUUUGCAAGGCUAUAAAGCUCCUAUAAGUUCGCAGGACAAUAAAGCUCCUGUAAGUUUGGAAGGCUACAAAGCUCCUGUAAGUUUGCAGGACUACAAAGCUCCUGUAAGUUUGCAGGACUAUAAAGCUCCUGUAAGUUUGGAAGGCUACAAAGCUCCUGUAAGUUUGCAGGACUACAAAGCUCCUGUAAGUUUGCAGGACUAUAAAGCUCCUGUAAGUUUGGAAGGCUACAAAGCUCCUGUAAGUUUGCAGGACUACAAAGCUCCUGUAAGUUUGCAGGACUAUAAAGCUCCUGUAAGUUUGGAAGGCUACAAAGCUCCUGUAAGUUUGCAGGACUACAAAGCUCCUGUAAGUUUGCAGGACUAUAAAGCUCCUGUAAGUUUGGAAGGCUACAAAGCUCCUGUAAGUUUGCAGGACUACAAAGCUCCUCAACCGUCAACCUGUAAUGUUGGCUUAUCCGCAGAACUUGGUAGUCAGCAGUGA